CCAAACGGCGGCAACGGCGCCGCAAGCCCGCAACGGCGCUACUCCGUACUCCUUGGUCUCCGUACUCCAAAUUUCCCAACCUCCUUCUAAUCCACAUCCCCAAUUCUUCAGAUUCAAAUCCAGACGCGAAUCGGUAAACAGGAGGAUUCAAAUCAGCAGCAGGGGUGAAAACAUAUAUAGAGGAUAAGGAUAGCAGCAGAUCGAAGCAAGUAAUCUCCGGCCUCCGCCUUCGCCGACGAUGAGCGCGGCGGCGGAGAAGAGCCCCGACGGGGAGGAGGAGGCGAACCCUUGCGCGGAGGCGUUCCUGGAGAUCAUCGGCCGCGUCCCGCCGGGGGAGGUGGAGGCGGCGCUGUCCGCCUGCGGCAUCGGCCCCACGGCGGAGGUCGCGGAGCUGGUGCUCAAGUCCCGCGCCUGCUACUCCCGCCCCAAGUCCGCCGUCCGCUUCUUCCGCUGGGCGGCGCGGUCCGUCGCGCACACCGUCUACGCGUGGAACCUCCUCGUCGACAUCCUCGGCAAGGCCGCCAUGUUCGAGCCCAUGUGGGACGCCAUCCGCUCCAUGAACCAGGAGGGCUGCGGCGGGGGGCUCGUCUCCGUCGCCACCUUCGCCUCCGUCUUCACCUCCUACUGCGCCCGCGGCAACUUCAAGGAGGCCGCCGCGGCCUUCGACGUCAUGGGCCGCUACGGCAUCAAGCCCGAUGCCGUCGCGCUCAACUCGCUGCUCUCGGCGAUGUGCCGCGUCGAGGGCCGCGCACAGGCCGCCCAGGACCUGUUCGAGCGCACCAAGGCCACCGUCCCGCCCGACGCCGACACCUUCGCGAUACUGCUCGAGGCGUGGGAGAAGGAGGGGAACGCGGAGCGCGCCAAGAGCGUCUUCGGCGAGAUGGUCGUCCGCGUGGGCUGGGACGCUGCCAACCAGGCCGCUUACGACUCCUUACUCUCCACGCUCGUACGCGGUGGCCAGUUCAGCGAGGCGCUCAAGUUUCUGCAGGUGAUGCGGAGCAAGGGCUGCUUCCCGGGGAUCAAAUUUUUCACCAACGCUGUGGAUAUCGCCAUCCGCAAGGGCGAUUAUGCCAACGCCAUAGCCAUCUGGCACAUGAUGGGCUCUGAAGGUAGUCUCGCUCCCGAUUUCUCAAUGUACAACGCCAUGAUUGGCCUCUGCUGCAAUGUUGGUAACCUCGACUAUGCCCUUGGGAUGCUUGAUGAAAUGCCCCUUAAUGGUGUCUUUGCAAAUUCUGUCACAUACAAUGCCAUACUGGAGGGAUUCAUCAAGCAUCGCAAGGCUCGGGAGGCUGAAAGUUUCCUGAAGGAGAUGAGCAAGAAUGAGCAACUGCCUACUGCAUCCAACUGCGCUGCUGCUAUCAGCUUGUUCUUUAAGGAGUUUAACCCAUCCGCAGCGAUCAACGUGUGGCGUUGUGUAGUGGAGCACAUCAUUACCCCUGCCGAGGACUCUGCUAGAGAGCUAAUAGCAGGGCUGCUUGACUUUGACCGGUUAACUGAGGUGAAGAAGCAUGCUGAUGAGAUGAUUGACAUGAGAGUUGAGUUGUCGCAGUCCACCAUUGAGAAUAUGAAGCGCGCUUUUGUGAAGGCUGACAUGCGUCAAUCCUAUGAUCACAUUGCAAGAAGGCUGAAGCGAUGGUAGAUGCACAUGGAUGGUUUAAUCAGCUGGAAUAUGGAAUCAUUGAGCUUGCGCCCAAAUCUUUUGAGGAAUUUGAAUGGAGAAAGAGCUCACACACAUUAUUCGCUGAAUCUAGCUUGUUUCCCCACUUUCAAUAUGUCCUUUUUUUGUGCUUAGCCAUUUUCUCCAGUAACUUCCAUCACUAGUUGUCCUGGUCUAGUCAUUGCUUACAAGCCAAGUGUUUUUGAUAGUCUGAUUAGGGCAAAAGGAAAGCAAUUCAUGAUGCCAUUCAAGUCUCUUCGAUCAACUCCUUAUUUUGCUGUUUGGGCAUAGCCGAGCCAAGUUAUAUUGUAUAUCAGAUUUAAUAAAACUAACAUGGCUUGGCACUCAAAUAUUAGAUUCUUAACCUAAAGCUUUUAUGAAUUUCUUUCUUUCCUUGUCAUACCUUAAAGCCGAGAGGCAGUGUUCUAUUGCAAUAUUCUUCUUCUUUCCUUGUACCCUACUUAAAUGCUUCUGGUAGUGUUGUUGGAGGUUUCAUUGCAGUAUGAAAAAUGGGGUUUCUUGAGUUGGGGCAGGCUAAAGUUGAAAGCUAACAUGAGCCACAAACAAAACGGGAAAAGAAAACAGAAAAUAUAUAAGCCUUCAAUAAUAGCUACCAUUUUAAUAGAAACUUGCUUGUUUCCUGCGUUUCUCUUAAGGUAGUAUGGCAUUGUGUGGCACCUUGGGUAUGCCAUAUCACCUUGUGUGUGUUCAUUAGUUCAGUACAAGUGUACAACCACCUUGUAUGUGGUUGUAGAAAUUUUAUGGAUGUGCAUGCAUGGCUCUACUUGCUUGCAUAUGUUUGUCCUGUGGUCUGCCUAUUAAUUCUGGUACGCUUUUCUUGAUACCUUUCAUACCUUGACAUCCUAGUUUUAAAAGCUGGACCUCGCUGGGAGCUGAAGCAGAAAAAAAAAAAAUUCUGAUAUGCCUCCCAUCACUAACUUGGCUCUUGUGUUUGACACGAAACAUAACCGUCUUUGUGUUCACUAGGUUUGAUCUGUUAGUGGUUAAGCUAGUUCAGCUAGGAUGCAAAAUUAGUCUCUUCUAAAUGUUUACUCCAUUCCUACAUAAACCUGUUGACUUAUCCCCCUUCUCCCGCCAUACUUAAAUCUCCUCUAGGCCAUGCU